GACCGGUUCUCUCCUCUCUCCCCCCCGUCCCCCCAUGCAUGAGAUCCGAACUCUGCGUUGGUCAUCUUCCGCUCCCCGUCUCUGCCUUGGUGUCUCUCCACCCAAUCCAAGGAAAAGCGAAGAUCGAGCACCCAAAUCCAUUUCCCAACCCUCGGGGACAGACAAGCUCGUUUGAUCCGUUUGCCAGGUAGAUCAGACAGAGAUCCCCAAAAGGAAGUAGGCACGCAGGCAGUUACGUCGUCGACCAAGUGAUCAUCGAUCCAAGAUGAACGAUGUGGACGUCGGGAAGCAGAUCCAGCAGAUGGUCCGGUUCAUCCAGCAGGAGGCCCAGGAGAAAGCCAGCGAGAUCUCCGUCGCCGCAGAGGAGGAUUUCAACAUAGAGAAGCUGCAGCUGGUGGAGUCGGAGAAGAGGAAGAUCAGGCAGGAGUACGAGCGCAAGCAGAAGCAGGUGGACAUCCGCAGGAAGAUCGAGUACUCGAUGGAGCUGAACGCGGCGCGCAUCAAGGUGCUGCAGGCGCAGGAGGACGUCGUGGGCGAGAUGAAGGAGAACGCGUCCAAGACGCUCGUCCGCGUCACCAAGGACACCAACGUCUACCGGAAGAUCCUCAAGGGCCUCAUCGUGCAGAGCCUGCUCCGGCUGCGGGAGUCGUCGGUGGUGCUGCGGUGCAGGGAGGCGGACCGCGUCCACGUGGAGCCGGUGCUGGAGGCGGCCAAGAAGGAGUACGCCGAGAAGCUCAAGGUGAACCUCCCCAAGAUCAUCAUCGACGGCAAGGUCCACCUCCCGCCGCAGAGGGCCAACGACGCCGCCCACGGACCCGCCUGCUCUGGGGGCGUGGUGCUGGCGUCGCAGGACGGCAAGAUCGUCUGCGACAACACGCUGGACACCAGGGUGGAUGUUUGCUUCAGGCAAAAGCUUCCUGAGAUCAGGAAGAAACUCUACGGUCAGCAAGUGUCACAAUAAGUCUCUUAAUUUAGUGUGCGCUGCCAUUGUGUGUUUUCUUCUUCUUCUUGAAUAAAGCACCGCAACAGGGCGGUUCAUGAUGUGUUUGUUGUACUCUAAUGUUCCUCUAUCUAUAUAUCGUCGGCUCAUCGCCAACAAUACCUACCUGCAAUGAUAUAUUCUUGCAUUUGUAAGCUGUAACUGGGUAUAUUACCUCUGCAUCACCUAUCGCUUUAA